CGGGGCGGGGAAGCCAGGGUAGGGGCGAGACCACGAGGAGCCCAAAGGCUGCAACAUGCCGGAAUCUUCCCAGAAGAAAUGGUCAAUGCCUGGUUUGCUGAGAGAGUCCAUACCAUCCCUGUGUGCAAGGAAGGCAUCAGAGGCCACACUGAAUCCUGCUCUUGCCCCUCGCAGCCGAGUCCCCGUGCGGAUAGCAGUGCCCCUGGAACACCAACCAGGAAGAUCUCUGCCUCCGAAUUUGACCGGCCGCUUAGACCUAUUGUUGUCAAGGAUUCUGAGGGAACCGUGAGCUUCCUCUCUGAGUCAGAAAAGAAGGAACAGAUGCCUCUAACCCCCCCAAAGUUUGAUAAUGAUGAAGCGGACCAGUGCUCAAGACUCUUGGAAUUAGUGAAAGAUAUCUCUAGUCAUUUGGAUGUCACUGCCUUAUGUCACAAAAUUUUCUUGCAUAUUCAUGGACUUAUCUCCGCUGAUCGCUAUUCCCUGUUCCUUGUCUGUGAGGACAGCUCCAAUGACAAGUUUCUUAUCAGUCGCCUGUUUGAUGUUGCAGAAGGUUCAACACUGGAAGAAGCUUCAAAUAACUGUAUCCGCUUAGAAUGGAACAAAGGCAUUGUGGGACAUGUGGCAGCGUUUGGUGAGCCCUUGAACAUCAAAGAUGCUUAUGAGGAUCCUCGGUUCAAUGCAGAAGUUGACCAAAUUACAGGCUACAAGACACAAAGUAUUCUUUGUAUGCCGAUUAAGAAUCAUAGGGAAGAGGUUGUUGGUGUAGCCCAGGCCAUCAACAAGAGAUCGGGAAAUGGUGGGACAUUCACUGAAAAGGAUGAAAAGGACUUUGCUGCUUACUUGGCAUUUUGUGGUAUUGUUCUUCAUAAUGCUCAACUCUACGAGACUUCACUGCUGGAGAACAAAAGAAAUCAGGUGCUGCUUGACCUUGCUAGCUUAAUUUUUGAAGAACAACAAUCAUUAGAAGUAAUUCUAAAGAAAAUAGCUGCCACUAUUAUCUCUUUCAUGCAGGUGCAGAAAUGCACCAUUUUCAUAGUGGAUGAAGAUUGCUCCGAUUCUUUUUCUAGUGUGUUUCACAUGGAGUGUGAGGAAUUAGAAAAAUCAUCAGAUACCUUAACAAGGGAGCGUGAUGCAAACAGAAUCAAUUACAUGUAUGCUCAGUAUGUCAAAAAUACUAUGGAACCACUGAAUAUUCCAGAUGUCAGUAAAGAUAAUAGAUUUCCCUGGACCAAUGAAAACACAGGAAACGUCAGCCAGCAAUGCAUUAGAAGUUUGCUUUGUACACCUAUAAAAAAUGGAAAGAAGAAUAAAGUGAUAGGGGUCUGCCAACUUGUAAAUAAGAUGGAGGAGAAUACUGGCCAGGUUAAGCCUUUCAACCGAAAUGAUGAACAGUUUCUGGAGGCUUUUGUCAUCUUCUGUGGCUUGGGGAUCCGGAACACGCAGAUGUACGAAGCGGUGGAGAGAGCCAUGGCCAAGCAGAUGGUCACCCUGGAGGUUCUGUCAUAUCAUGCUUCAGCAGCAGAGGAGGAAACGAGAGAGCUCCAAUCCUUAGCGGUUGCUGUGGUACCAUCUGCUCAGACGCUUAAAAUUACUGACUUCAGUUUCAGUGACUUUGAGCUGUCUGACCUAGAAACGGCACUGUGCACAAUUCGGAUGUUCACUGACCUCAACCUUGUGCAGAACUUCCAGAUGAAACAUGAGGUUCUUUGCAGGUGGAUUUUAAGUGUUAAGAAGAAUUACCGGAAGAAUGUUGCCUAUCAUAAUUGGAGACACGCCUUUAAUACAGCUCAGUGCAUGUUUGCUGCUCUCAAAGCAGGCAAGAUCCAGAACAAGCUGACCGACCUGGAGACACUCGCCCUGCUGAUUGCUGCUCUCAGCCACGACUUGGACCACCGGGGUGUGAAUAACUCUUACAUACAGCGAAGCGAACACCCCCUGGCUCAGCUCUACUGCCAUUCAAUCAUGGAGCACCAUCACUUUGACCAGUGCCUGAUGAUUCUUAAUAGCCCAGGCAAUCAGAUUCUCAGCGGCCUCUCCAUUGAAGAAUAUAAGACCACGUUGAAAAUAAUCAAGCAAGCUAUUUUAGCUACAGACCUAGCACUGUAUAUUAAGAGACGAGGAGAAUUUUUUGAACUUAUAAGAAAAAAUCAAUUCAACUUGGAAGAUCCUCAUCAAAAAGAGUUGUUUUUAGCGAUGCUGAUGACAGCUUGUGACCUCUCUGCAAUUACAAAACCCUGGCCUAUUCAACAACGGAUAGCAGAACUUGUAGCAACUGAAUUUUUUGACCAAGGAGACAGAGAGAGAAAAGAACUCAACAUAGAGCCUGCUGAUCUAAUGAACAGGGAGAAGAAAAACAAAAUCCCAAGUAUGCAAGUUGGGUUCAUAGAUGCCAUCUGCUUGCAACUAUAUGAGGCCUUGACCCACGUUUCCGAGGACUGUUUCCCUCUGCUAGAUGGCUGCCGGAAGAACAGGCAGAAAUGGCAGGCUCUGGCAGAACAGCAGGAGAAGACGCUGGUCAACGGGGAAAGCGGCCAGGCCAAGCGGAACUGAGUGGCCUGUUCAGGCAGAGCGGAAGUUUACAGACGGUGUGUCCUGCAGCAUGUCUGGUUUUGCCAUGCACUGUACAGAUUUAGUGUAUACUCGGCCACUGCUGUAUUUUUACUUUUGCACAACUUUUAAGAACAUAGCAUGAAAUGUUUUUAGGGGACUAUUACAUAUUUUCUGUAUAUUUGUUUUAUGCCACUGAUCUGAGAUUAUCAAUGAUACCCACUCUUAGCACAUGGGUAAGCGCGCUGUCCGUGAUGCUGUGUGUACUGCAAAGUGCAUGUUGAAUUCUUGCACUGAGAUUGUUUUGUUAUUUGUUGUUUGGGGUUUUGUUUUUUGUUUUUUGGGGUUUUUUUGCUUGGGGGUUUUAAAUAAUUGUUUUUGUGUUUUCUGAAUUAUCGAUCUUGUAAAGAAUGUUUGGAAUCUUUUCUUUCUCAAAAAUAGGCUAGGAGAAAAUUGAAUGUAUUCUGUGACAUUUAAAACCUUCAAAGGAUAAAGUGUUGUUGGCUGAGUGGACUUUAAGGGGAGAGGAUACUAUUUGUCAAGAAUGUAUUAUCUUAACAAAAAAAGCUAAAACUCUGAAACAGAUGGAAAGUACUAGAAGGCAGUAUUGUUUAAAAAAAAAAAAGGUAUUGUUUAAUUGAUUCGCUGUUUUUGUUAGAGAGCGGGCAGGGGAGCACUCUUUAUUUCACAUACAUCUAUCCAGAGACGACCCAUCAAACCAUCUCAGUCUGACCUAUCCGAUGGAAAGCAGGGGAAAUCUUAGAAGACACUGAUUUCACGGACUUCAUGGUUCCGGAUUUUAUUGAGGGAGGCCUGUGAUCCAGAAAUGGAAUGGCCAUAUCGGGCAGUGAAGAGAAACAUUCUCUUGGAAGACUCUUAUGAGUCAGUGAGUGUUUUGAAUACUGAAUUUCCUUUUUUAAAUAACCUCCUUAUCAUUUUUCUUAUACACCAUAGUUUUUAAGUGAACAUAGGUCUCAACAGAAAAUUGAGGAAACAGUGCUAACUGGAACACUGACUCGAGGUGAGGUGUGACUGCAGAUGAAAGGUAAAAUGAACCAUUACUUUUCUUUGUCAAAGGAAGUAUAGAGAAUAGUUUUAAUUAUAUAAACAGCAACAGGCUAUCCUUGAUGUUGGGCUCAAACAUUAAACAGUGUCUGAGUUUCAGUCACUAAAUCGGAUAACAAACCUCCCGGGGCCAUGGUGCAGCCUUCUCAAACACCUUCUCUAAACCAACAUACCCAUUCUCCAGAAUUCAACAUAUUCAUGAACGUUUUAGAAUUCUGAGAGUGUACCUUAUAUAAUGUGACUUAAUUCUUACCAUUCAGGUUAAAAAAGAAAAAGGUGAAACAAAUUGCGUUGCCAUUACUUCGCUGUGGUAAAGGCUAGUCUAGGACGUUAUCAGCUGUUUGUUGCUAUAUGUAUUAUUGUUGUAAUACUCGUAUUUUCAGGAUGUUAUUCGAUUUUUAUUUGAUGUCAUAUAGGUGAGAUCUAUAAGAUUGCCUCUUGGCGGCACUGGUGUGCAAGUACACAGGCUGUUACUAGGAUAGCGGAUCCGUACACGGUAGCCCCUAUGCGUGCAUACAUAAUUCCUUAGAGUAGAAAAACUGAAGAAAAGCAGUCUUCAGUGACCUUUUAAUCUUACAUGCUGUGAUUUAGCAGUUAUGCUAAAAUUUGCAAUCAUAUACUUUAGUAGUUUGUUUAGACCCAUCUAAUAUAUGCCACUGAGAUGGAUGGAGGUUUUGUAUGUGUGUCAUUUUAACAGGCAAGAAGAUAAAUUUAGAUUAGAAAUUGUUUGAUUUACCUUUCGACGGUGGUUUAUUUUACUUGACUAGUUUAGCAAUUAAAAGAAGUUGGGUAGUACCAUGCCUAUUCUAUUGUUGGAAGUUUAGUUCUCAUAAGAAGAGUACUUCUUUAGCACCAGUUGGUACAAAUAAUUUUACUUUUUAGGAAAAUCAUUCAAUACAUAGAUUAAUAUCUGGUACAGGGGCACAAAUUAAAGCUUUAGUUCUUAUGUGAAUAUUUUUUCCCAUUAUCGCCUCAGGUUGGAAUACAUAUACAGUCUUCCGUCACCCUGCUCUAUAUUUCUGUUACCCAGAAGUUGUUUUUUCUGGAUUAAAGUAGUUUUGUUAUGGUUAUAACUGAAUGACAUACCAUUUCAUUUGAAUUUUCAGCUCUAAAAGUCCCCACUAUUUUACUAAGUUGUUAAAAGAGGUCUAUACAAUCGCCGGCCUUCUAUUUUUCACAGGCUCAGCCCUUGCCAGUCACAGCCCUGUGUGAACUUGGUGUGAGUCACUUGGCCUCUGGGCGCCUGAACACAUGGGCUGCUAAAGGACUUCUGUUUGGGUGAAGCCUUUGUCUUCAAGGAGAACUUCGCAGAAGGCAGCUACUGUGUAAGCCUGGGGGUCCUGGAGACCACCGCCAGAAGUGGGAUAUUGGGCUACAGAGCCUGGUACCUAAUCCCACAUGUCAUUUCCUGUUUCAAAGAUUGAAAGCAAAACAAUACAUUUAUUUGGCUUCUCAUGUGGAUGUUAGUGACUGUGAGAUUUUGAGCACCUUGCCUCAAGGUCCAAACUCUGGACAAUGGUGUUGUCACCACUGAUCGCUUACUCAUGAAGAAUAGUUUCCUUCAAUAAGAGUACUGAGAUAUGAAAAUAUAUUGGAAAUACUGGGUUCUGGGAGGAAGCUGGUCACAGAUGUAUUCUUGCCUAGCAGUGGAAGUGCCUUUACUUUCAGCGUAGAGCACAAAUGUUAGGCCUAAUCCAGUUUGAUUUUCAAUUUUCCCGUGUUUCUCACCAGAUUUCACUCCUAACACUUUAUAGGUCAUCACAUGCAGUGCUGUUUUGUUUUGCUUUGUUUUGUUCACAAGAGUGAUUUUAAGAUGAGAGGAGGAGAAGGUGUGAUUGCUGUGCUCUCCUGUGAACAGCUGUAGUUAAAUAAGGUGUAAUUUAACUGCUCAGUAUUAGACAUGCAACAGUCCACCUUGUAUCGAGGCCCUGCAGCACGUCAGGCACCGUGUCCAGCCAAGGAGACAGAGCAGUGACCUCAAGGAGCUCACCGUCCGCAGGAAGUGCUGGAUAAGAGACUUACCAGCUUCUGAUCCUGCCAAUUUAACGUGAAAACAUAGGGUAUGUUAUAUCACUUGCGUUUUCGUCUAUAGAAUAUGUAUUAUACAGUUUUCCAAGGGCCUUCUUUACCUGGAACUUACUAAGAAUCUAUCUGUGAACAUCCUGCCUUCUAACAAGGAUGGAUCAUCUAACCUGUUGGUAGCUUAAAGAAUACCUUACAUAAGGCGUCGUAUACCACUACAUAGAUUUUUUCCCAUUUGCUAGCCAGACAGAGCUUACUCGGCAUUCCCUUAGACGGUUAAAUCGCACACAGUUCCGGACCCCUUCUGCUCCACCACAGGGAGCAAGGAAGAAAGUGUUAGAGCUCACUCGGCCCUUCCUUAUGCUUCGCAAAAGCUUGUGUAAACAUGUCUUAAUACAUGUCAUUGAAAGCAGUGUAAAUAGUUGAAAAUAUAAAUUUCUAUUACGGUUUAAGAAAAGAAAUCCUUAUGAAUCAUCACUAGCCACUGUUAAUAUCUAUUUGUAUUCUUAUACUUUUUCAAUAUAUUUGAACAAAUAUAUAGUUUCUAGCACUAUUUUUGUACUAGGAUGAAGGAGUUACUAUGUAUAUUAUGUUUAGCUUUAAAGUCAUUUUAAAUAAUUGUGAGUGUUGAUUUCUUAUCUUUCUCCCACCAUGAGAAUCAUGUCAGAGGACUCUUCUAUGACAAAAUCACUUUAAAGGAACACUUACCACCCACGAUCCCUAUAUAAUCAAGAGAUUGUCAGAGUGGUCUUCUGUUGUGCAAACUCUUCACCUGUCAGUUGUUUACUCAUUUUGCUAUGCUUUGUAAAAAUAAAAAGAAGAAUGCAUAAGUA